CUGCACUAAACAGCUGUUCGAAUUUCGGCGGCAUUUCAUUUUUAUUGCUAAUUGUAAUUUCUUAACCAAAACAUGGUAAAAACUAAGGGAAACAAAAAGAAAUUCGGUAUGCAUCCACGUAACGUGUUACGCACACAGCCCGACUAUACAAAACUGGCUAUCAAAUACAAGGAUUUUCGAGAGCAGUGCCAAUUGGAGCUCAAUGGCAAAGUUUCUGUGAACUUUCGCAACGAAAAGACGCUGCGUGAGCUGACCAAAAUGCUGUUAAAGGAAUACUACGAUUUAGAUGUGGAUUUUGCACCCGGAAGCUUGGUACCCACUUUGGCACUCCGUUUGAAUUACAUUUUGUGGCUGGAGGAUCUAAUGGAACCUCUCAAUUUGCAGGACAUACGGGGUAUAGACAUCGGUUGCGGUUCCUCCUGCAUUUAUUCACUUCUGGGAGCCAAGAAAAAUGGUUGGCACAUGUUGGCUCUGGAAUCGAAACUCCAAAACAUAGAGUACGCCAUCGAGAAUGUAAAGAAAAAUCACCUGGAAAGCCUUGUAGAAGUCUAUGCCCAGCCAGACAAGACGAACAUCUUUAAGAGCUAUUUUGAGCAGGAUCAGCAAAAGUUGCAGUAUCAGUUUUGCCUGUGCAAUCCACCUUUCUUCGACUCGAACUUACCAAAUCCCUUUGGCGGCAAUACCAGGAAUCCAGAGCGACGACCAGCACCCAAUAAUGCCCGAACUGGAAGCCAGGAGGAACUCACCUGCGUGGGCGGCGAGGUACAGUUUGUGCAACGCAUCAUAGACGAGAGUCUGGAAAACAAGGAGCGCGUGCGAAUCUUCACCACGAUGCUGGGCGUCAAGGCCAACGUUCCAAGAAUACUGGACUACCUGCAGAAGCUGCAGGUGGCGAAUGUCACCACCACAGAAUUCCAUCAAGGACACACCACUCGGUGGGCGGUGGCCUGGAGCUUCCACGCGGAGCCACUAAGGCAGGCAACAUCAUAAAAUUAAGUUACCAUUAGCUUUUGUAGAGUAUCUUCCAGUUGGUUGGGGCUGUGCGGUUGUACAUACUUUCCAUUUUAUAAGAUUGGAAUUUUAUAGGCUGUAAUAUAUAUGUACGUUUUUAAGGAAUUGUUAAAUCUUUCAAAUGAA